UACAAUUUGUUGAAGUGCAGCUUUCACAACCUUUGUUACUGUAGAAGUAAAAUAACAAAGAAUACGUUCUGUUGCGAUUGUUCUUUAGGUCCGUGUUUUCCAGCAAAAUCUAUAAUUUACACUCCUAAUGGUAAUUUAUUGAUGAAGGAUUUAAAGAUUGGUCAUGAAGUAUUAACAGUUGAUAAUGGCAAAUUAGUAUUUACUAAAGUUGUCGCCUUUAUGGAUAGAAGACCUUCCGGUCAAGCUGAAUAUUUAAUUUUACAAACAGCUAACGAACAAUCGAUUCGAAUAUCUGCAAAUCAUUUAAUCUUCUCUUCUAUGAAUAAUGUUACAACACUAGAAACCAAAUUUGCUGGAAACAUUAAUGUAGGAGAUUACUUGCUAGUAAGUAAUCAAACUGAUCAAACGUUUGAACCAUCUUCAGUGAUGCAAAUUACAAGAGAUGUAAUGGAUGGUGCUUACGUUCCUCUUACACAAACGGGAACUUUACUUGUUGAUGGAAUUUUAGCAUCGUGUUAUGCAUCGUACGAUCACUAUUGGGCACAGAUAUUCCUCUCCCCAGUUCGGUGGUUUCCAAAUAUCUUCAAUCAAAAUUCAUUACAACCUGUUGGUGUGAUGCCCUACGUUAAAAUUUUAAAAUUUUUGGCUGGUGCCCUGUUUCCUUCAAAUUUGAAAUUUACUCAAAAUAAAGAUUUCGAAGUGGAAGUUUUUCAAAAUAAAUUAUUAAUUAAUGAUUUUGACUUAAUUUGUUCCAAUUGAAUUAAAAUUGUCUUCGUGUCAUUAACUUCAUAUCAUUGUAAAAUUUUUCUUCUUUAAGUAUUUAAAUUUAAUUUAUUAUUGUAUCGUAUAAUACAGUAAAUUACAUUCUGUCAAUACGUGGAAAAUAUUUAAUGUAUGAUACACUUUUAGGAUCUAUAUUUCAAUUACAAGUAUUGUAUUGUAAAAGUUUGUAGCAUAGUCUAUACUGUGUCACGUACUGUAUACCUGUACUUUAAUGUUAUACUGUAUACCUAUACUACACCGUUGUACUGUAUAUUCAAUUUGAAGUUGCUACAUUUAGUUAAAAUUCUUAG